AUGGCACCCUGCAGAUCCGACAAGUGUCUGAAAAUAAGUCUCGAUACUCACGACAUCGUCUUCCGUCGCAAACAUCGAGAUGGCCAAAAGCAGGUUGUGCACGGCGAGGUCGUCCUCUGCACCCAAAAUCCAACCGCCAUAAAAGCAGUCAAGGUGUCAUUGCAUGGAGUCCGCAAAGUCCACUGGUUGACCGACACCCUCCAACCGCAAACCGUUCGACAAAGGGAUUCCAUAUUCUUUCAGGACCGCCUCCUUUACGUCUUCGUCAAGGGCACCGGCCAACCCAGCAAAGCAGCACCAGGCCUUUACACUUGGCCUUUCUCCUUCACUCUCCCCUCAUCGCUCCCAGAGUCGAUAACGUGGCUCCCGCUCGACACGUACAUCCGCUACUCUAUCACUGCAGAGGCCACCAUCGGCAGCGGAAUAUUAACCAAAAAAUUGCGCGUUAGCGAGCCACUGCGUCUCUUCAAAUCUCCCUCCUUCUUCAUCGACGAGCUCCAAUUCGCGCCAGAGAUCACACAACAAACCGCGAACCUCACACUCCCAAAAUCCGGCCUCGACGCCACCGUCACCCUCUCGCAACCCUACCAACCCACCGACAAUGGCGGCGGCGUCCUCGAAACCACUUUCGCGCUGACGCCUCUCCUCCUCGACCAAUCCGACACCAAUGCGUUGCUCUCGAAUCCCAACCGCAUCGUCACCCUCAGCCUCGAACUACUUCAAAACGUCCACCUCGUUGUCACUGACAAGCACGGCGAGCCGCACCGCGGCACCAAGUGCACACGGUCCGUGGCGACAGUGAGCAGGUCAGUGUCAGCGAGCGAGCUGGUAACGGCGAGGGAGACGGCGGUGGAUGAGACGGAGAUGAGAGAAGGAGGAGGAGGAGGAGGAGGUUGUGGUGAUGACAAGGACAGUAGUAGUAAUGGUGGUGGUGGUGGGGAUUGUAGCAGCAACAACAACAGUAGUACGCCGACGCCAGCACCAGCCAAUUACUUUGACUUGAAACUACCGCUACCGAUGGCGCCGUACUCGCUGGUGCAGAGCGUGCACGAUGGCGACAAGAUCAGGGUGCGGUACACGCUGCAGGCGAAAGUGAGCGUCGAGGACGAGGGCAAAAAGACCACGCAAGAGGAGGGAAGCGCGAAUCUGUUCCCCAAGCUGUUCGUGCCUGUUCGCGAACGGCAGGACAGCGUAAUAUCCAGCACAAACAGCGUUUGUGAUACCGACAUCAUCGAUGAAUGCGGCGUCGUCACGAGUUUGCCGAGCUACGGUGAACACCUUUUUGAUACCUACUAUUGUUGGGAUGCGCGCGGCCUGACAGCAGACGACAUAUUACGCGAAAGAGAUCCUAUAGGGGCUGGUUUCUGA